GUUUGAUGCGUUUGAUAAUAAGAAACAUCAAGGCGACACUUCACUAUAUAGACAAAAUUCUUAUAUAGAAAUGUCAAAUAACUCAACUUCGUUCUGCUCGCUUGAUUCCCAAAUACUUUCAACAAUAAAAGAUCAUCAUGAUGAAGCCCUUGCUGAUAGCCUUUAACUUCGAUUACACGAUUGCGGACGACAACACGGGCAUUGUAAUACGAAGUCUAUUAGAAGGGGAUGAUUGUCUGGUAAAAAUCGAACGGAUUUACGAGACAGAAUGUUGUCCUACGUAUAUGAGAAAAGUAUUUGAAUUUAUUCACGUGAAAGGUAGAAGAGAGAAAGACGUUGGAAAGGCGAUAAGUUCGAUACAGCCGGUCAACGGAUUUCCGUCUCUGUUGAAAAAAUUACAUUCUCAAGGAGUCGAAAUUAUUAUUAUAAGCGAUGCGAAUACAUAUUUCAUAGAUUUUUGGCUCAAGCAUCAUAAACUCGUUCAUACGAUCAAAGAAAUAUUUACGAAUCCGGCGUGGUUCGAUCGUAAAGGCCUGCUCAGAAUUGACACGUAUCAUGAGCAAGAUUGGUGCCAAUUUUGUGCGAUUAAUAUGUGCAAAGGUCACAUUCUUGACAAUUAUGUCAAACGACGAUCGGCGGAGGGAAUCAAGUUCCAAAAAAUAGCUUACGUCGGCAAUGAGGAAAAUGAUUAUUGUCCGAUUCUUCGUUUGUCCGCUGAAGAUUUGGCUUUUCCAAGGAUCAAUUAUAAACUAGCCAAGAUCCUCAAUGAGAACGAGAACGACGAUGUAUGGAAUGCCGUAAAAGCUAAAAUUUUACCUUGGACUGUUGGUUCUGAAAUAUGGGACGAUCUCGUCAGAAUACCAAAUUUAGAACUACAAAAAAUCGAAUCCAUGGAACUUCGUUAGCCGAAAAUAUGAUUUUCACAGAAUCUAGAUUUAUUCAUUGCAGAGCCAAUAAUAUAUCCAGCGUGAAAUUCGCUGAAUGGACUCUGCAAAAACCGCGACUUGUCACAUAUUCAGUGUAUUUUUCUUAUGUGUAUGUAAUAAAAGGAGUGAAAUCGAAAAA